GCGGCGUGACGUCAGGGAGUUUUGUUGACAUGUAUGUGUGUUUUUGUUGAGGAGACUGGAGCAGUGGACCCGUCUGCGCUCGGAUGGACCUGACCUGUGUUAUUUAGUUGGAGUGAGAAUGUGAAGCACCAUGGCUGAUUUUGAAGCCUAUCAAGAGUACCAAAGAAUUGAAGAUUAUGAGGAAGACUCGCCUCCAGGAGAGGAGGAUUUGCUGAUUCAUGUUCCAGAAGGCCUCAGAGAUUCCUGGCAUCACAUCAAGAACCUUGACAAUUUCUUCACAAGAAUUUACCAUUUCCACCAGAAGAAUGGAUUUACCUGCAUGGUGGUGUCGGAGUUAUUUGAACUUGUACAGUUUCUCUUUGUGGUCACUUUCACAACGUUCCUCUUCAACUGUGUGGAGUAUGAUGUGCUGUUCGCCAACCGGGCGGUGAACCACACUGGUCAGAGCCUCAACCCACUAGACAGGAACAAGGUCACCCUACCUGAUGCCAUCCUCCCUAGUCAGCAGUGCAUUGAGAGGAUUCAAAGCAACAGUUGGAUCAUCUUCCUCCUUAUAAUGGCGGCCAUUUUUUGGAUCUAUCGCCUUGGGAAGGUCAUCUGGAACGUCCUGAGUUACUGGGAGAUCCGUCAGUUUUAUAUAAAAGCCCUGAAAAUCAGGAUGGAUGAGCUGUGUAACUUCACCUGGCAGGAAGUGCAGGGGAGGCUGAUUAACCUGCAGCGCGAGCAGCAGAUGUGCAUCCACAAGAAGGAGCUCACUGAGCUGGACAUCUACCAUCGCAUCCUGCGGUUCAAGAACUACACAGUGGCCAUGAUCAACAAGUCACUGCUGCCCGUCCGCCUGCGCGUGCCCUUCUUCGGGGACGUGAUCUUCCUCACGCAGGGCCUGAAGUACAAUUUCGAGCUCAUCCUUUUCUGGGGGCCCUGCUCUCUGUUUCAGAACAAGUGGAACCUGCACCCCAAAUACAAGCGGGCGAGCAACCGCCUGGAGCUCGCUCGGCAGCUGAGCCGGAUCAUCCUUCUGGCUGGGAUUGCGAAUCUGUUGCUGUGUCCGUUUGUGCUGGUGUGGCAGGUGCUGUACGCCUUCUUUAGCUACGCUGAGGUGAUCAAGCGUGAGCCGGGAAGCCUGGGUGCACGGCGCUGGUCGCUGUAUGGCCGUGUCUACCUGCGGCACUUCAACGAGCUGGACCACGAGCUGCAAGGCAGACUGGGCCGAGGCUACAAGCCGGCCGCCAAGUAUAUGAACGCCUUCAUCUCGCCGCUGCUGGCAGUGCUGGCUAAGAAUGUGGCAUUCUUCUCGGGCUCUGUACUGGCCGUGCUCAUUGCGCUGACCGUCUAUGAUGAGGAUGUCCUCACUGUGCAGCACAUCCUCACUGCCAUCACUGUACUGGGCGUGGUCAUCACUGUCACCAGAUCCUUUAUCCCAGACGAGCAUAUGGUGUGGUGCCCAGAGCAGCUGCUACAGUGUGUGUUAGCGCACAUUCAUUACAUGCCAGACCACUGGAAGGGCAAUGCCAAUAAAAGUGAAACUCGUGAUGAAAUGGCCCAGCUGUUCCAGUAUAAAGCGGUGUUCAUACUGGAAGAGCUGCUCAGUCCAAUCAUCACUCCUUUUAUCCUCAUCUUUCUGUUACGGAACAAGUCUUUGGAAAUCAUUGACUUCUUUCGCAAUUUCACUGUGGAGGUGGUGGGCGUCGGUGACAUAUGCUCCUUUGCGCAGAUGGAUAUUCGCCGCCAUGGCAACCCACAGUGGAUGUCAGAGGGCCAGACUGAGGCCUCUGUGUACCAGCAGGCAGAAAAUGGCAAGACAGAGUUGUCCCUCAUGCACUUCACCAUAAAGAACCCACGCUGGCAGCCUCCCCAAGAGAGCUCGGUCUUCAUCAGCCACCUGCGUGAGAAGGUGCAGCAGGAUGCACAGACCGGACCUUCGCCUCAGCUCCUCCUGUCUGAGGCUCCUCUGUGCACCUCACUGCUCUCCAACGAAUCUGCCACUGCUCCUGACAACCUGUUGGCGAGUGUGCUGGCCCACCCGGUGCUGACAGCGUCCGGUUUACCUGGAUGGAACCGCCGUUUCAUUCCCCAAAGCAGUACAGCCUCAGCCGCGGCCAGUGUGCUGGCCUCGUUCUCCUCCUCACAGCAGCCCCAUGCAGGUCGCACUCGCUCACAUGUCCUGCUACCUUCUGCCCUUCACAGCCACGAGAGCCCCAUGUAUCACAGCGACCACACUGCUGCAGAGAGCAUGUCUGCCAGUGACUCCAAGGUCUUCAGCCAGUCCAAUGUGACCCUGCUCUCAGAGUUUGCAUCUGCAGAAAUGAGCCUGCAUGCCAUAUACAUGCAUGAGGUCCACCAGCAAAAGUUUCAGACUCAUCGUGGACCAGGCCAGGUCCAGACUCCUGUGGCCAUGAGGGACAUUGGUGCUGCUGCAGUCCCAGCGCCUGGGUCUCAGAUGCAGUCCACCCAAACGGCCAGCCUGGUGGUGCCUAGCCCACUCCGGCUCGGAGGCUGGGUAGAGGAAGAGGAGGAAGAAGAAGAGGAGGAGAUAAACAGCAGCCCUGCGCCAGAUCCCAGUCAGACCAGCAGGGGGAGCAGCUGAAGUGCCUUACAGCUCUAGGUCUUUGCAUUCAUUUUCUGGAAGAACGUUGUGGCCUUAGUUUAAUUUGAAGCUUUUUGAUCAAACGUGUCGGUCGGCCACAGUCCAGCUGCAGCAGCCGUCAGAUCAGAACCUUCACUGCACUGUCUUCCAGCAGCCCAGAGGAGCCGUGGCAUUGUGGACUACAGUGUAUGUCGACCACUCCUCCUCUCGCUUCUUAUUGUCACAAAUAUUUAAUUUGGAGGACUAUUCUUUCUUUUUUUUGGUUUUGUUUUUGAAUGUGUAGAGUCUGAGUGAAUGUUUGUCCCGAGACCAAGGAUGCUUGUCCUUAGCAGUGUGUUACAUAACCAGAAAAUACCAGAAAAAUAUUACAUUACUAGAUGCUAAAAGAAACAUAAGUUUGGUGGCAAGCAUUGAAUCGGACAUGAUUGGUGUGGUUGCUGUUUUAAAUCACUGAUCAAUAGCAGUAGUGUUAUGUUUUUUUGUGUGUGUGUAAGACACCUCAGCAAUGGACAUCUACAUAAAUCUGUUUAUGUCAGAGUUCAGAAGUUUUAGAAGUGAGAAGAAAACAAAACUAGACCUACUUACAAUAGAAAUGCUGCUUGAGCAUGAGUAACAAAUGUGCACCCUAAAACAGAGUUUCAAAUCUCUGUUUUAUCCUGAGGGCAUUCAGAUUCUUUCGCCCAGGUUGAGAUUUACAAGCAAAACAUUAAACAUCAGUUUCAGACCUUAAGGCUACGUUCAUAUUGCAGGUGUAUUUGGCCCUAAUCCGAUUUGUAUUUUUUGAUAUUUGUUUUGACGGUCGGUGCUGUGUAACUGACAUGCAUGCACAUAACAGCAAAGCUUCACAUGAAGUUUCAGUUUCAUCCUUUCCAGCAUCACAAAAGCUAGAAAGGUAGAAAGCUAGAAAGUCAGGCUGACACAGCUGGGCUUAUCACCUAUAUACCCCCUUAAACUUGUACUUGGCUAUGGUCACUUUGUUGACGUGUGUUCAUUCUUUAAACUUAAUUUUUUCAAGUUUUAUUUUCGUGUUACCUAUUUUUUUUUUGCCAAAGAAACACUCAUUCACCGCUUACCAAUUUUUCAUGUCCAUUUUCCUUCUCAUUGCCUUUUUCCAUUUCUUUUGAUGUAAAAGCCUCGCUUUUCUGUAAAUCAGAUAAGUCUUGAAUUUUAAUACCUGCCUCACAAAAAACACUGUCAUAGAAAGACUGGAAUGACACUGGAAUUAGGCCAACUCUUACCUGCCGAGUGAACAUAGCCGAAGAGUCUGCAUUUAUUAGCAUGAACGUAACUGUCCUAAAAACGUUACAGCUGUUUUACACUACAAAAUUGUUAAAAGUUACCAUGCCUGAAGAUGUGUUUUUUGCUAAGGUGUUUGUUGAAGCAGCAUUGAUAUGAAUUUCUUUCAACUCUGCUAAAACAUUUGUUUGUUCAUUAUUUUUUUUUAUUUAUUUGUUUUUUUUUUGUUUGCUUUUUCUUUUGGGUGCUUAGUGAAGCGAAAGUGUUUCUAAUGGAUAAUUUUAAUAUUCUAAAGUUAUUACAACACUGCAUGAAAAACUAAGUAAUAGGUCAAGUAAUUUAACCACUAAAAAACCUUUUUUUAAUGUGUAACCCAAAAUACAAACCCAAAAUAACACAGACAGUGACAGUCCUGUCUUAGGGGUCACAGUUGUUUUGAAUAUAGAAUGAAAAUAUAGAAUGUAGUGCUCACAUGAUCCCUGUCUGCUUGCACAGUGGCACAGUGUGAACUGAACUGACACCACUGGACAUUUUAAUAAUAAUCAUAGAAACUGACAUUAAAUGGUGAUUCCACUGUGAUUUACAUGAUUUAAAGCGGGGAGGUGUACAAAAGAACAAAUGCUACAUGACAUAUUUAUACUUAUUGGCCAUUUUAUAAGGUACUCCCAUUAAAUUAAAGCCCAGAGUUCAGCACAGUCCACCAACCAAAGCCGUCCUAGUCAUUUCUCAAAAACUGAGCAAUGACUAAUGUCUAGGGCAGUGGUCCUCUAAACUUAAGUCUGAUGCCACUUCAGAAGUUCUUGGUCCUCUACUGGUCUAGAGCAGGGGUGAGCAGUUCCUGUCCUGUAUGGCUGGAUUCCUGCACAGUUUUGUCCCUUCAGCUCAGCCAUCACCCCUGAUUCCGCUCGCCUGUUUAUUGCCAGAUUCUUUUUUAAAUCAGAUCUGUUAAGAUUGUGGUCACAUUUUAAACCACCUCCAAGGUUAUGUUCAGACUGCUGACCAACUGAGUUAGUUUCUUAGAUCAGAUCUCUCGAAAUGACCGUCUGAGAUCAACACUGUCAUUUGCAAGUGAUCAGAUUUGUGUGUCUAGACAUCAUGCAUUGGUUGCUGUGGUAACGAGGUUGGGGUCAGAAACUAACCUUUGCCGCACUUUUUGGACCCCCAAGUAUCAGUCUGAAUUUGAUGAGGUUAGGCAAACGACUCACUGAAAUCAAAUCUGAGCUGCCAGUGUAUCCAGCCUCUGUUCCAAUCAGAUUCUCACAAAUCAAUCUGGAUUCAAUCUAGAAAAAAUGGAACUGGCAGUCUAAACAUAAUCUAAAUACGGUUAGGAUAAGAUUUGAGAAAAAAAAAAGAGUCCAGAUAUGCCAAACAUUUGAUUUGGGCUGAACGUAUCCUAAAUGUGGUCAGAUUAUCAAAAAUUUAAAUAAUCAAUUUGUAUACCAUCUAGACAAAAAUUUUGUCUUCAGAUUUGGGUAGUCUGAACAUUUGACUAUCUGAGCAGGGAAAUCCGCAAACUGUGCUAGACUUUGGCCCGUAUUGUUGAUUAUCGCACUAUUGUACAUGAAAAAAAGAUGAUCUGUAAUGCUUGCUGUGCCUCCAUCAAUAAUACCAGUGCAAUACACACACAUCACCGUGUCUGUGUCACAGCUGUGCUGACGGUAAUCUACCCUGUUAAUAAUAUCUGGUCUGCAGCGAGCGGUCCUGUGGUGAUUUUUCUCCAUUGUUGAAUAGGGAAGUGAUAAAUUGAGCAGCAACAUCUGGGAUAGACCUGAUAAAAUGGUGAAUAAUGCUGUAUGAGUAUUUAUUUCUUUUCUUUUUUUUCUUUUAAAAUGUGUGUACACCUCCUCUAUCUUUUCAGAGAGCUCCAAGAUAACAAUUAAGUGUAAAUAGUCAUUUCCCCCCCAGUAUUUGUGAACUGUUAGUAUGGUGCUCAUACAACAACCACAUUGGUCCUACGAAGUCGGUCCUCACUAUAGCUACUAAUUAAGGAACUGAUUCAUUAGGUAUGCAUUAGCUUUUAAUCAAACCGUAGACCUGUUGUCAGCUCGACAAGUGAUAUUAAUAGGUUUUAAUAAUCUGUUCUCGUGUACCGUUCCCAGAUACAUAUGGCUCUAAUACAUAUCACAGACAGGCUAUUACAGGAGCCAGAAGGCUAUGACAGUUUCUAUAAACUCUGAUGUAGUAUUCUCUUGUUGAGCUCAUACAGUGCCUUGCUGCCCCCCCUGCGACUAGCAGCAAGUGCCCGGCUCAGCUGUCCACUGUCCACACCUCCAACCGAGCACAUCCCGUGGGUACAACAUAUCAAUUUGAAGCAGCCCUUCCUGAUGGUUUGUCAAAAGUGAGUUGUUUUUGUUGUGUGUAGGAAAAGUCACAUCAGUGUAGGUCAGUUCUGAGUCACUUUCUUUGUACAUCAGGGUGUACAUCAUAUGCAUAGAUCUUCAAAGGAAUAGCUUAAACAAACAUGCUAGCUGAAAGCUAACAACAAAUGAAAGAUCAUAUUCUACCCAGCCACCAACGAGCUGCUCACAUUAGCAACCUGCUAAUGAAGGUUGUUAUCUUGUGACUGGACUAUUCCUUUACCACAAACUGAAAUACCUCCAGAUGAGUGUUGAAACAUCAGACUAGUUAAUGUACAGUAUUUAUUUUUGGUGGAUGUAACGUGUUUUCGCAGCUUAAAUACAGAGAGAGAAACCUCAGCGUGUGAUUCAUCAGAUGAGAAAUGUUCACGCGGCAUGUUUCACGGCUAUUAAAGGCUUGCCAUUUUACGCAUAAAUACCGAGCAUGAGUAGAGAAAGGUGGUUCUUUGCACAGAUUCAGAACGAUAACUUUAAUUGCGAUAGUUUGCGAUCCGUUACUUUUACAUCUCCGUUAUCCUCAUGUCCACUAUGAGCAGUCUGAAAUAGGACUGUGCAAGGUGCUAUAUAUUUUGUUGGGUUGGUUUCAAUAUUUAUCUAUUUUUUAUUUUUCUGACUGUUUUGUCUGAGUAAAUCAACUUGAUUAAAAAAAAAAA